AUGUUCACACUGUACAAGGAAGAUGGGACUCUCAUCUCUGAGAUCCAGAGUCAAACACCUCCCAACCAUUUCCUCAUGGGCCCUGUGACCCCAGCACAUGCAGGAAUCUAUAAAUGCUAUGGUCACUAUCAUGACUUCUCUACGUGGUCAGCAUCCAGUGAUCCCUUGGAGAUCAUGGUCACAGGUUUGUACAGAAAACCCUCUCUGUCGGCCCAGGGGGGUCCCAUGAAGAAACUAGGGGAGACUGUGACCCUGUGGUGCCGCUCAGAGCUCCAGUUUGACACCUACGUUCUCUACAAAGAGGAGGGAAUGGAGAACACCUCACAGUUUGUGGAGAGACUCCGAAUCAGAGGCUCCCUGGGUGACUUCUUCCUGGGUGCAAUGACACCUGACCACACAGGGACCUACAGAUGCUCUGGUUCUCACAGCCACUCCCCCUCGAAGCUGUCAGCCCCCAGCGACCGCCUGCAACUCAUGCUCACAGGGAACCACAGACACAUGCAUUUGCUGAUUGGACCCUCAGUGGUCAUCAUCAUCCUUGCCAUCGUCAUUGUUUCCCUCAUUCAUCGCUGGUGCCCUGCCAAAAAUCAGUCUACUGUAUUGAACAGAGAGCCUGAGGUGGACCAAAUGGUGAACGGGGAGGACCCAGAAGCAGAAGACUCACAAGAGGUGACAUAUUCAGUGUUGAAUCAUCGGAUUUUCAAAAAGGAAAAGAUUGUUCCCCCUUCACAGGGGUCUAAGGAUCCCUCCGUUGACUCCAGUGUGUACACGGAGCUCACUGUACCAGAAGCCCAUGAUACCAUGCAUCAGGAUUACAUGGUGGGGAAUUUGAUCCAGUUGAGCAUUGCAGGACUGGUCCUGGUGGCUCUCUUGGUGAUAUUGAUUGAAGAUUGGCACAGCCAUAGGUGCUACACAAAGAAGAUAGGCAGACUUGACUGGGCCAAGCUGGAAGAAAUAGAAGUGUCGCACAAGAUGGACCCUUGA